AUGUAUAAAUCGAUAAUAAAAAUUAAUCCACUUCGUGGUCUUUUACAUUCUUCAAUAACACCAUUUGCUUCUUUCUUCUCUCCUGUAAUCCCAAGGAAAUUCCAUUUAUCUGUAAAAUUACAAUUCUCUACAACUUCCACGCGCAAUAAUUCUUUAUAUUAUUUCCAACCAGUAACAAAUAAAUUAUUAAUAAAUGUCUCGAGUCUCUUAAUAAAACGAGCAGCAGCAGCAACAACAACAAUAAAAUGUCGCCAUAUUUCUUCUCUUGACACACCACAUGACAUUGAACGCGCAGAACGCUGGUUAAAGAAAUUCACUAAAGAUAUGAUACCAAAGGAAGGUUUGACAAUAGCAUAUUGUCGAAGUAGCGGUCCCGGCGGACAAAAUGUUAAUAAAUUAAAUACAAAAGUAGACUUACGAUUUAAUAUAGAACAGGCGUAUUGGAUUCCUGAAUACGCAAGAAAAAAGUUAGUUGUACAGGAAUCAAAUCACAUAAAUAAAACUGGAGAAUGGAUAGUGACAUCCGACAGAUCCAGAUCACAAAAGCAUAAUCUCGAUGACUGUAUCGCCAAAUUAUAUGAUGCGAUUGUUAAAGCUGCGGCUGUACCAAAGGCACCAAGUCAGGAGACUGUCGAAAGAAUUGAAAGGCUAAAAAAAGCGGAAGAUCGUCGACGAAAAGAAGAGAAACAGAUUAGAUCGCAAAAAAAGUCAAGUAGACGAAUUCGUUUUGAUGAUUAG